AUGUCAUCCACUCUCCAUGCUGCGCUCUACAUGAUUUUUGUGAAAAAAGAGCUGAAGAAGAUUCAGAGAGCUCUGAGUCCUGAUUACCUAGAAUGCUUAGAGGGUCAGGUUGACGAGGUGUUGGGGGAGAAGCAGAGCAGCAGAGAGGCAUUUCUGGAAAUCACUCUGGACUUCCUGAGGAUCAUGAAGCAUGAAGAGAUUGCUGACUGUCUGCAGAGCCGAACCGUAACUUCAAAGUGCCAACACAACCUAAAGUCUAACCUGAAGGAGAAGUUCCAGUGUGUGUUUGAGGGGAUCGCUAAAGCAGGAAACCCAGCCCUUCUGAAUCAGAUCUACACAGAGCUCUACAUCACAGAGGGAGGGACUGGAGAGGUCAACGAUGAACACGAGGUCAGACAGAUCGAAACGACAUCCAGGAAACCAUACAGACCAGAAACAAUCAUCAGACAAGAAGACAUCUUUAAAGCUCCUGAAAGAGAUGAACCAAUCAGAACAGUGAUGACAAAGGGCGUGGCUGGCAUCGGGAAAACAGUCUUAACACAGAAGUUCACUCUGGACUGGGCUGAAGGCAAAGCCAACCAGGACAUCCAGUUCACAUUCCCAUUCAAUUUCAGAGAGCUGAAUGUGCUGAAAGAGAGAAAGUUCAGCUUGGUGGAGCUUGUUCAUGACUUCUUCAAUGAAACCAAAGAAGCAGGACUCUGCAGGUUUGAAGAGUUCCAGGUCGUGUUCAUCUUUGACGGUCUGGAUGAGUGUCGACUUCCUCUGGACUUCAAAAAUAACAAGAUCCUCACUGAUAUUACGGAGUCCACCUCAGUGGAUGUGCUGCUGACAAACCUCAUCAGGGGGAACCUGCUUCCAUCUGCUCGCCUCUGGAUAACCUCACGACCUGCAGCAGCCAGUCAGAUUCCUCCUGAGUGUGUUGACGUGGUGACAGAGGUCAGAGGGUUCAGGGACCCUCAGAAGGAGGAGUACUUCAGGAAGAGAUUCAGAGAUGAGGAGCAGGCCAGCAGAAUCAUCUCCCACGUCAAGAUAUCCAGAAGCCUCCACAUCAUGUGCCACAUCCCAGUCUUCUGCUGGAUCACUGCUACAGUCCUGGAAGAUGUGCUGAAGACCAGAGAGGGAGGAGAGCUGCCCAAGACCCUGACUGAGAUGUUCAUCCACUUCCUGGUGGUCCAGACCAAAGUGAAGAACAUCAAGUAUGAUGGAGAAGCUGAGAUAAAUUUACACUGGAACAAAGAGAACAAGAAAAUGAUUGUUUCUUUAGGAAAACUGGCUUUUGAGCAGCUGCAGAAAGGAAACCUGAUCUUCUAUGAACCAGACCUGAUGGAGUGUGGCAUCAAUAUCAAAGAGGCCUCAAUGUACACAGGAGUGUUCACACUGAUCUUCAGAGAGGAGAGAGGACUGUACCAGGACAAGGUGUUCUGCUUCGUCCAUCUGAGUGUUCAGGAGUUUCUGGCUGCUCUGCAUGUCCAUCAGAUCUUCAUCAACUCUGGAGUCAAUCUGAUGGCUGAAGAACAAACAACACAGCCAAUCCCUAAAAUCUUCAGAGAAAAACCUAAACUUCAUCAUCUUCUCAAAAGUGCUGUGGACCAAGCCCUACAGAGUCCAAACGGACACCUGGACUUGUUCCUCCGCUUCCUCCUGGGUCUUUCACUGCAAACCAAUCAGAGUCUUCUCCGAGGUCUGCUGUCAGAAACAAAAAGUAGUUUAAAGACCACUGAAAUCUUAGUCAGCUACAUCAAGAAGAAGAUCAGUGAGAAUGUGUCUCCAGAGAGAGGCAUCAAUCUGUUCCACUGUCUGAAUGAACUGAAGGACUGGUCACUAGAGGAGGACAUCCAACAGUACCUCACUUCAGGAGUGAUCGCUCCACAUGAGCUUUCUUUGUCUCAGUGGGCAGCUCUGGUCUUCAUCCUACUGUCAUCAGAAAAAGAUUUGGAUGUGUUUGAUUUGAAGAAAUUCUCUGCUUCAGAAGAGGCUCUUCUGAGGCUGCUGCCAGUGGUGAAAGCCUCCAAAAAGGCCCUAUUGAGUUCCUGUGAUCUGUCAGAGAGAAGCUGUGAAGCUCUUUCUUCAGUCCUCAACUCCAAGUCCUGCAGUCUGAGAGAGCUGGACCUGAGUAACAAUGACCUGCAGGAUUCAGGAGUGAAGCUGUUAUCAACAGGACUAAAGAAUCCAUUCUGUAAACUGGAAACUCUCAGUCUGUCAGGCUGUAUGAUCUCAGAGGAAGGCUGCACUUCUCUGGCCUUAGCUCUAAGCACCAAUCCCUCCCAUCUGAGAGAGCUGGACCUGAGCUACAAUCAUCCAGGAGAGUCCGCAGUAAAGCUGCUGUCAACUGUCCUGGAGGAUCCACACUGGAGACUUGACACUUUAAGGGUGGAUCACAGUGGACAGCAGAGGUUAGAACGUGGCCUGAAGAAGUAUUACUGUGAACUCACGUUGGACCCAAACACAGCAAACAGAAAUCUCAUGCUGUCUGACAACAAGAAUGUGAGACUGGUGAGAAACUACCAGACAUAUCCUGAUCAUCCAGAAAGAUUUGAAUGCUGGGAACAGCUGCUGUGUACAAAUGGUCUGACUGGUCGCUGUUACUGGGAGGUGGAGUGGAAAGGAGAGGUUUACAUUUCAGUGACUUACAAAGGAAUAAGUCGAAGGGGAAAUGGUGAUGACGGCGUGUUUGGAAGAAAUGAUCAGUCCUGGUGUCUGUUCUGCUCUGAUGGUGGCUGCUCUGCUUGGCACAACAGCAGAGAAACAGAGCUGUCCUCAAGUUCAGCCUUGGUCUCAAACAGAGUAGCAGUGUAUGUGGACUGUCCUGCUGGCUCUCUGUCCUUCUACAGCAUCUCCUCUGACAAACUGAUCCACCUCCACACAUUCAACACCACAUUCAAUGAACCUCUCUAUUCAGGGUUUAGACUGCGGUCAUAUAACUCCUCAGUGCUCCUGGGUGGGGACUCUGCUAUGAACCAGUCUGAGGACAAGGAGGAGGCGGGAGGCCCUCCAUCUAAAUCCAUACUGAAUGUGGAACAUGUGGGCCAACCUAAAGCUCUGAGAUCUGAACAUGGAUCUACCUCUAGUGGUGUGUCUUUCAAGAGUGACAUGUCUAAGAGUAAACUUAUAAACCUAAAGGAUCGACAGCCCUCUCCUAGUCAACGAUCUGAACCUGGAUCUGCUUCUAGUGGUGUGUCUCUCAAGAGUGACAUGUCUAAGGGUAAACUUAUAAACUUGAAGGAUCGACAGCCCUCUCCUAGUCAAAGGUAA